CCGCCCCCCCGUACCUGGGGGAGGGCCCGUCGAUGGUGGGGGGGGCGGAGCUGCCCGUGCCGUGCCGUACCGAGCCGUGCCGGCCCGGCAUGGCUUCCCGGGAGCGGCUCUACGAGCUUUGGAUGCUCUACUUCGCAAAGAAGGACCUCUCAUACCUGCAGCAGUGGCUGGAAGUGUUUGUCAUGAACUUCGAGAAGAUCAUUGCCCUGCCGUCGCUGGAGCCGCGGAGGCCAGAGGAGUCGGUGUCAGAGAUCCCAGUGCUGCCGCGGGAGGUGCUGCAGGUGCUGAGCCAGCGGCUGGGGCAGUGCGUGGCCCAGGUCCCACGGGAGGAGGGUGCCGGGGCCAGCCUGGGGCAGGCGCUGCUCCUCCUCAAGUUCUUCAUCAUCAUCUGCAGGAACCUGGAAAACAUCCAAGCGGACAAAACUCCUGGUUUCAUCCCAGAGGUGCUGAAGCUGCUGCGGGUCUGUGCAAUCAAGCUGAAGACUAUCCAGGAGGAUGAGCAGAGCAGGAUGCAGCUGGAGAACGGGAUGCUCUAUGCCCUGCAUCUCUGCGAGUGCUUCUUCGACCCCUACCAGACUUGGAGGCGGCAGCUGAGAGGGGAAAUCAUCAGUGCGAAGGAGAAGAGUAAAUACAAGUUUGCCCCGGCCCCUUUGCCCCCUGAGUUUGGCACCUUCUUCCAAGAGAGUUUCCAAGUUGGAGAGCAGCUCCCUGAAACACUCCAGCUCCGGCUUAUCCAUCUUUUGGGGGCCAUCCUCUCCGGAUCCAAGCCCAACGCGCUGCGGGCCAUCACGCCGUCGGCGGUGGAGGUACUGCUGGGGGUGCUGCAGCGGGGAGGUGGGGGACCCCCCCCCGUCCCCGGGUUGCUGGAGCUGGCGUUACGCAGCGUGGUGGCCGUGGUCCACGUGCUGCAUGGCAGCAGUCCUGGCGCCGGCCCUGUGCCCUUGCGUGUCCUCCUGGAUGGUUACUUCAGGGUGCUCAAUUCAGACCUGCCUGUCGCUUCCUUGGCGCCGGAGGCAGCCGGUGGCCUCAUCGCUCUCCGCGUGCUCAUGCUGGAUGCCAUCCCGGCCAUGCUGCACUGUGAGGACCGACCAGUCCUCCAGGCUGUCUUUCUCAGCAACAACUGCUUCGAGCACAUCAUUCGGCUCCUCCAAAACAGCAAGCUCUACCUCGGCAGCUCACGAGCGGCAAAUGAAACCCAGGACAAGGUCCCCACACAGCCACCAGACAGGAAUGGGCUCCAGCAGGUCUCCAACGGCAACUCCGAUGCCAUCGCGGUCCAUGCUGUUGGGGUGCUCACCGCCAUCAUGAGCAACUCUCCCUCGGCCAAGGAGGUGUUCAAGGAGCGCAUCGGCUAUGCCCACCUCUACGAGGUAUUGAGGAGCCAAGGUCAGCCCACCCAACACCUGCUUCAGGAGCUCCUCAACAUGGCAGUGGAGGGCGACCACAGCUCCUUCCCUGUGCGCCCCAUCCGCAACGAGCAGCCGCUGCUCAUCCUGCUGGCCUGGCUGCCGGCUCUGGUGUGCCGGGAGCUGCAGAUCUUCCUGUCGGGCUGGCUGCGGCGGCUCUGCGAAGCCUCCCUGCCCAGUCGCCUCACCUGUGUCAAGGCGGGCAUGGUGGGCUCCCUGCUGGCUGCCCUGGCCACCGAGCCAGCGCUGCCCACUGCCUGCUCUGAAAACUUGCUGGAGCUGCUGCGGGCAUUGGGCAGCCUCUCCAUUCGCCCUGGAGAGCUGCGGCAGCUGCUGCGCCUGCUGCGGCGUGAGCCAGGUCAAGGACCACAUCCCUACGUGGAGCCCGUCAUCCGGGCGCUCUCAGGGAUGGCACGGGUCGAGGGACCUCCCCGGGCACUGCAGUGCUUCGACCUGACACCCGGCAUGGCGGGGAUCAUGGUGCCUACCAUCCAGAAGUGGCCUGGCAGUGCCUUCGCCUUCCACGCCUGGUUGUGCCUGAGUGAGGAGGAGCCCGAGCCACCCGUGAGGCCAAAGAGGAGGCAGCUCUACAGCUUCUUCACAGCUGGCGGGACAGGCUUUGAGGCAUUCUUCACCGCCGGCGGCGUGUUGGUGGUGGCUGUCUGCACCAAGAAAGACUACAUGACAGUGGCAUUGCCAGAAUUCGCCUUCAAUGACUCGGCUUGGCACUGCGUUGACAUUGUCCACGUUGCUGGACGCCGGCCCUUUGGCCAGAACAUUGUCAGCAUCUAUGCCGAUGGGCACCUGCGGAAAACAGCACAGCUCCGCUUUCCUUCCCUCCAUGAGUCCUUCACCUCCUGCUGCAUUGGCUCUGCGGGACACCGGACCACCACCACCACUGCCACCACCGCAAACCACCCACCAGCUUCCCAUGGGCCGGAGCUGGUCUUCCCCCAGCACCCUGCACUCGGCCGCUCCCAGUCUGUCCCCGCCGCACUGGGACCCCAUGCUUGGACCCCUACUCAGCCUCCCACUGAGGGGGUGGUGGCCACCACAGCAGCCGGGAGCCAGGACACUGAGUGGGGCAGCCCCACCUCCCUGGAGGGUCACCUCGGCUCCGUGGCUAUCUUCUGUGAGGCUCUGCAGCAAGCCCAGGUCAAGACACUCUUCUGCACAGGACCAAACGUCACAUCACCAUUUACACUGGAAGGUGACUUGGCGGAGCUCAGCAGCAAGCUCUUGCUGUACUACACCCCACAGGCCUGCAGGAACAACAUCUGCCUGGACCUCUCUCCAAGCCAUGUCCUGGAUGGAAGGCUGACAGGGCACAAGGUGGUCAACUGGGACGUCAAGGACGUGGUCAACUGUGUCGGUGGGAUGGGUGUGCUGCUGCCCCUGCUCGAGCAAGUGGUGUCCAAGAGGGAAGAGCCAGAGGAUGAGCAGGAGACCAGUGACCUGGUGGGGCCAGAGCUGACGUCCUCCAGGAAUGCCCAGGGCAUGCUUAUCCCACUGGGCAAGUCCUCAGAGAGCAGGCUGGAGAGGAACACUGUGGCCGCGUUCCUGCUGCUGGUGAAAAACUUCAUCCAGAACCACCCCGUGAACCAGGAGAGCCUGGUGCAGUGCCACGGGCCGGCCAUCAUCGGGGCACUGCUGCAGAAGGUCUCCAGCCCACUGCUGGACAUGAGCACACUGAUGGCCUCACAGAUUCUCAUGGAGCAGGUGGCCUCCGAGGGCAGCGGGCUCCUGCUGCACCUCCUCUACCAGCAUCUCCUCUUCGACUUCCGCAUCUGGAGCAACAGCGACUUCGCCGUCCGCUUAGGUCACAUCCAGUAUCUGGCCAGUGUUGUCAAGGACUACAAGCAGCGCAUCCGCAAGAAGUAUGGGGUGCAGUACAUCCUUGACUCCAUCCGAACAUACUAUGGCACCUCCAGGGAGAAGACCACAGCCACCGAUGACAUCAAGACAGUGCAAACAUCCCUCUUCAGCCUGGUGAAAGAUUUCUUCUGCAGAAGCUUCUCUGGGGAGGAGAUGCAGAGCUUGCUGAGCUAUGUGGCCGGGGCUCAGGAUGAGCAGCAGGUCUGCGGGGCACUGGAGGUAAUCCACAGCCUGUUGAAGGGCUCACCUGCCCAGGAGCAGCUCUUUGCCUUCCUCUUUGAGCCAGGCCAUGUGGAGGUCCUCUUCUCACUGCUAGUGCAGAAGAAAUUCUCUGAUGAAGUGCGAGAGAGGGUUUUCAAGGUCCUCUACAAGAUGCUGAAGUACGAGAAGGUCCCUGAGCGCAGCAAAAGCCGCCUGAAGCUGAAGGACAUCGGGUACCAUGGCCUCAUCGCCUGCCUCAGUGACAUCCCUGGCUCCAUGCUGCUCUUCCGCUGCCUCUCGGAGCAGGUCCUCGGGGCAGACCCUCCCAACUACAAGGACCUAGUGGCUGUGGUUUACCUGUCCCACCGGGCUGAGUUGACCGUCCGGCUCGACAUCUGCCGCAAGCUCUUCCACUUGAUCUAUGCGCAGCAGGACAUGGUGAAGCAGCUGGCGAGGAUGGCUGGCUGGCAGGACACACUCACCAAGCUCUAUGUCAAGGAGUCCUACGAGUCCCGCCAGCACAGCCUGAGCAAUGGGAGCAAUGGGGGCUGCCUGGAGCUCCUCCGCCUCUCAGACCCUUCUGGCAAGGAUGGGGCAAGCCCACCACCAGCUGAGCUGCAGGAGCUGGAUGUUUUCCUGCCUCUGGGCUAUGAGGCCUCAGACCAGGAGCUCUCUGAGGGCUUCUCUGACCACUCCAUCUCCCCAAGUGGCCGCACUAAGUCCUUCCACUCCUACAACUUCAGGUCUUUUGACUCCUCCGACCGGACUAGCCGCUCAUCCUCCAAUCCUGGUGAUGGUCCUCCCUUUGAUGGUGUCUACCACCCGCUCUCGCCUUUCUCCACCUCACCAUUUGACCUGGGGCUCGACCUGGCCAGCACCAGCUCCAUCGCCACAGCUGAGAGUGGCACUCAGACCCCUGCCAGCGGCCCUGGCACACCGUCACCCCUGGAGAGCUUCAAGCCCUUCCCAGGGAUGCGAGCGCGCAAGAGUUCCAGCCUCUCAAAUGUCCUGGAUGAGAGCAGCUACCAGGACAUGCUGCCCAGUGACAACAUUUCCAACACCAGCAACCCCCAGCAAACACCUGAGGAGGAGCUGUGCAACCUCUUGACCAACAUCAUCUUCUCGGUGACAUGGCGUGGUGUGGAGGGCUGGGAUGACGUGGCAUGGAGGGAGCGCGGGCAGGUCUUCUCCGUCCUCACCAAGCUGGGGACGGCGUGCGAGCUGGUGCGGCCUCCCGAUGAGAUCAAGCGCAGCCUGCUGGAGAUGAUGCUGGAGUCAGCACUGACAGAUCUGAAGGAGUCAGGGCCAGCCACCCUGCCCGGUCUCACCCACAAUGCCCUCAAGCUGCUAAGGCUGCUCCAGGACUUCUUGUUCUCCGAGGGACACAACAACCAGGCCCUGUGGAGCGAGAAGAUCUACGAGGGGGUGAGCAGUCUGCUGGACAAACUGGGCGUCUGGUACCACCUGGCCAAUGGCACCUCUGACCUCAAGGAGAUGGCCCAGACGGGUCUACGCAUCCUCGUGGGCUACAUCAUGCUGCAAGACCCCCAGUUGCACUCGCUGGCGUAUGUGAAGCUGCACAGCCUCCUGCAGACCUCCUCGGCUCCCAGAAAGGAUGAAGCUUGCUACCUCCUGGGCAAGCUGGAGACCCCACUGCGGCGCUCACUAGAGGCCAAGUCAGAGACCUUCUCCUGGUUGGUGCCCAUCGUCCGUACGCUGAUGGACCAGUGCUAUGAGACCCUGCAGCUGCAGCUCUUCCUGCCCUCGCUGCCUCCCACCAAUGGCAGCCCCACUUUCUAUGAGGACUUCCAGCUCUUCUGCACCACACCGGAGUGGAGAGGCUUCAUCGAGAAGCACGUGCAGCCCACCAUGGCCCAGUUUGAGAUGGACACCUUUGCCAAGAGCCACGACCACAUGUCCAAUUUCUGGAAUGCCUGCUAUGAUGCUAUGAUGAGCAGCUCGCAGCGACGGGAACAGGAGAAGGCAGCCAGUGGCAAGAUGUUCCAGGAGCUGGUGCUGGAGCCAGUGGCAAAGCGCUCCAAGGUGGAAAACAUUCGACAUGCCAACGUGCUCAAGCAGGCCAACAACCACCACAGCACCGUGCUGAAGCAGUGGCGGUCCCUGUGUCGCCUCCUCACCUCUCCCCGCUCCGCCUGGGCUGACCGGAACCCACCGGAGGUCCGCUGGAAGCUGUCAAGUGCUGAGACCUACUCCAGGAUGAGGCUGAAACUGGUGCCCAACCUGAAUUUUGACCAACACUUGGAGGCCAGUGCCCUACGGGACAACUUGGGAGCUGACCACCUCCACAACCCUGCUGAGUCCCUCCCGCUUGCCAUGGCCAAGGAGGCCAAGGUGAGCGAGCUGGAGGACGACCAACUGGCCGAGGAGGACCUCCCCGUCCUGGACAGCCAGGCUGAGCCCAAGGAGCAGAACCAGCGGGAGAAGCUGGUGGUCUCAGAGGACUGCGAGCUCAUCACGACGGUGGCUGUCAUACCCGGGCGCCUGGAGGUGACAACCCAGCACAUCUACUUCUAUGACGGCAGCAGCGAGAAGGAGGAGACGGAGGGAGGGAUCGGCUAUGACUUCAAGCGCCCCUUGUCCCACCUCCGGGAGGUCCACCUGCGCCGCUACAACCUGCGCCGCUCCGCACUGGAGCUCUUCUUCAUUGACCAGGCCAACUACUUCCUCAACUUCAGAAAAAAGGUGAGGAACAAGGUGUACUCCUGCAUCCUUGGCCUGCGUCCCCCCAGCCAGAUCUACUUUGGCAGCCGGUCGCCUCAGGAGCUGCUGAAAGCCUCAGGGCUCACACAGAAAUGGGUCCUGAGGGAGAUCUCCAACUUCGAGUACCUCAUGCAGCUGAACACAAUCGCAGGGCGCACCUACAAUGACCUCUCCCAAUACCCUGUGUUCCCCUGGAUCCUGCGGGAUUACGUCUCAGAGACCCUUGACCUCACCAACCCGGCAGUGUUCCGGGACCUAUCCAAGCCCAUUGGAGUGGCCAAUGAGCGGCAUGCCCAGGAGGUGAAGGAAAAGUACGAGAGCUUUGAGGACCCCACAGGCACGGUGGACAAGUUCCACUACGGCACGCACUACUCCAACGCAGCAGGGGUCAUGCACUACCUGAUCCGCACCGAGCCUUUCACCACCCUCCACAUCCAGCUGCAGAGUGGCAGGUUUGACUGCUCAGACCGUCAGUUCCACUCGGUGCCAGCAGCAUGGCAAGCCCGCAUGGAGAACCCUGUGGACGUCAAGGAGCUCAUCCCAGAGUUCUUCUACUUCCCAGAGUUCCUGGAGAACAUGAACGGCUUCGACCUGGGCUGCCUGCAGCUCUCCAACGAGAAGGUGGGCGAUGUGGUGCUGCCCCGGUGGGCACGCUCCCGUGAGGACUUCAUCCAUCAGCACCGCAAAGCCCUGGAGUCGGAGUAUGUCUCAGCCCAUCUCCACGAAUGGAUCGACCUCAUUUUUGGGUAUAAGCAACGAGGCCCGGCUGCAGUGGAGGCCCUCAACGUCUUCUACUACUGCACAUAUGAAGGGGCUGUGGACCUGGAUGCCAUCGCUGACGAGACACAGAGGAAGGCUCUGGAGGGCAUCAUCAGCAACUUUGGGCAGACGCCCUGCCAGCUGCUCAAGGAGCCCCAUCCUGCCCGGCUCUCAGCAGAGAGUGCUGCCCGGAGCCUGGCCCGUCUUGACACCCGCUCACCCAAUGUCUUUGAGAACCUGGACCAGCUCAAGUCCUUCUUUGUGGAGGGCAUCAGCGAUGGGGUGGCCCUGGUGCAGGCUGUGGUCCCCAAGAACCAGGCACACUCCUUCAUCACUCAGGGAUCACCUGACGUCCUGGUCACCGUGAGUGCCAACGGCUUGCUGGGGACCCAUAACUGGUUACCCUAUGACAAAAACAUCUCCAACUACUUCAGCUUCACCAAAGACCCCACUGUCUCCAAUGCAAAGACCCAGCGCUUCCUGCAGGGCCCCUUCGCCCCUGGCGCAGACCUCUGCUCCAGGACACUGGCUGUGUCUCCCGAUGGGAAGCUGCUUUUCAGUGGGGGACACUGGGACAACAGCCUCUGUGUCACCUCGCUGGCCAAAGGGAAGGUCGUUGGGCACAUCACGCGGCACAUAGAUGUUGUUACCUGCCUGGCACUUGACCUCUGUGGCAUCUACCUCAUUUCUGGGUCCCGGGACACCACCUGCAUGGUGUGGCAGGUCCUGCAGCAGGGUGGGUUUUCCAGUGGCUUGGCUCCCAAACCCGUCCAGGUCCUGUACGGUCAUGAUGCCGAGGUGACAUGCGUGGCCAUCAGCACCGAGCUGGAUAUGGCAGUGUCAGGAUCCAAGGAUGGCACCAUCAUCAUCCACACCAUCCGCCGGGGUCUCUUCAUCCGGUCCUUGCGGCCCCCCGGCGAGAGCUCGCCACCCGCCAUCCUCUCCCACUUGGCUGUGGGGCCGGAAGGGCAGGUGGUGGCCCAGACCGCUGUGGGUCAGCGAGCCUGCUUGAAGGACAGGUUCGCGCUGCACCUCUACUCCGUGAAUGGGAAGCACCUCUCCUCCGUCCCGCUGGAUGAGGAGGUGACAGCCAUGUGCCUGACAGAGGACUUUGUGGUGCUGGGGACCAUGCAGUGCGGGCUGGAGAUCCGUGACCUCCAGAGCCUGAGGGCAGCCGUGGCCCCUGUGCCCAUGCGGGUGCCCAUCCACAGCGUGUCCGUCACCAAGGAGAAGAGUCACAUCUUGGUGGGGUUGGAGGAUGGGAAGCUCAUCGUGGUGGGGGCUGGGCAGCCCGCAGAGGUGCGACCAGGCCAGUUCCACCGGCGGCUGUGGCGCUCCACGCGGCGCAUCUCCCAGGUCUCUGCCGGGGAGACAGAGUACCACCCUGCCGAGGGCAAGGCCUAGGCUGGCACCCAACACCCGCCCAGGGCGCCUGGCACGCAGACAGGGGUGCCCCUGCACCCGCAGAGCCGGGGGGCCGGUGAGCCCCGCACUGCCCGCAGGCUGCCUGCUCAGCCCAUCGCCCGUGGCCUUAUCCAGCUCCCGGUGGGGUGGGGGGCGCAGGAUUGCCCCCCCAGUUUUAGGGGGACGUGUCCCUCCAUCCUACAGAAGGAUGGGGGAGGGGAGUCGGCGGUGGGGACCCCUCGCUGGGAAGGGGGGUACCACGUUCCCCCCACCAUUCCGCUGGCCAGGAGCCGGCCAGUGUGUUCUCUCUUCCCCCCUUUUUUUGUUGUUUUGUUGGUUUCUUUUCUAUCCAUUUUUAGACCUUUUACAGAAAAAGAAAUUAAUAAUAAUAUAUCUAUGGGAAAUAAA